AUGUCGAGGAAGUAUCAAGUACUGAGCAAUGAUCAGGCUAGUGACCUAUCAUCGUCUUUGAACGAUAUGGAGAAGGCAUUGGCCAAUGACGAUGAUGACGAGGCAUCAUUGCUCGACACAAACAAACCAAACAACAAAGAACUUUACUAUGUUCCACCAUCGAAGCAACUCAAUCAAUCACAACAACUGUUGCGUACAUCACAGAGCUCACCAUACACUUCACAGGGCUCACCCUAUGCGACAUCGACCACCUCACCAAAGUUGGUGUCGACUCCUACACAGCAGCAACAGCAACAACAGCAACAACAGCAGCAUCACACUGGUCCAUCUCAAUUGAGUUUGGCAAGCGACAUCGCCUCGACGUCACCAUCAUUGAAGCCCGUCGAUGUAGAUGAUGUCGUCACUUCAGCAGCUCAACUCAACAAUGUGAACAGCGGCGGACACAACACACCCACGAUGAUCGCCAAUAAUGGCGACGACGAUGUCCCACUGAACUAUGCUAUCGCCGCGGAUAAUGGACCCGAUCGUUCGCCACAAUCAUUCAGACAGGAGGGCAGAAGUAGCGAGGAGGACGACACAUUCAUGCGCACGAUCAAACAGAUACGUCACUUCAAGUUCCAAAAGAAGCACAAGAAGAAGUUCAUUCAUUAUCUGCUGGGCAUGCUGCCCAUCAUCUCAUGGCUGCCAAAGUACUCGAUCAAGGAGGACCUGCGCGGUGAUAUUGUCGCAGGUCUGACCGUGGGCGUCAUGCUGAUCCCACAGGGAAUGGCUUACGCGCUCGUCGCCGACCUGCCCAUGGUCUACGGCCUGUACUCAUCUAUCGUACCCAUCUUUGCCUACUGUGUCUUUGGCACAUCGCGUCAUCUGUCCUUUGGACCAUUCGCCAUUAUCUCGCUGUUGGUCCUCGAGACGGUCAAUGGCGUGGUUGGCGACAGCCAGGACAUGGAACUACGCACGAGCAUCGCGAUACUCUUGGCAUUCGUUUGUGGACUCUAUCAAAUCAUACUGGGACUGUUCCGAUUCGGAUUCGUCGCCAACUUUUUGAGCGACCCUGUCAAGACUGGAUUCGUCAGCGGCUGCGCGCUGAUCAUUGGCAGCAGCCAAUUCAAACACAUUUUUGGCUACAAGGUCGAGGCGUCGGACUGUCUGCCCGUGCUACUCGUGCGCUAUCUCAUCAAGAUCAAAGAGGCCAACUGGUGGUCCAUUCUGAUCGCCGUGGCAGGUAUUGUGUUCCUGUUGGGCAUGAAGAAGUUCAAUCAACGCUUCAACCUCAAGCUGCCAGGUCCACUCAUUAUCGUCAUGAUCCUCACGUUCAUAUCAUGGGUGUUCAAACUUGAGGAGCGAACUGGUAUCGAUGUGGUCGGCCCCAUCCCUUCAGGCCUGCCCAUCCCCACCUUCCCAACCAUACCAGCUCGCGACGGUCGCGACAACAACUGGCUGCAUAUGGUGAUCAACAUCACACCAGGAGCACUCGUACUCAUUCUCGUGGGCUUCAUCUCGUCCGUGUCGAUCGGUGCCACCAUUGCUGAGAAGUACAACUACGACAUUGAUCCCAAUCAAGAGCUGAUUGCACUGGGCGCAUCAGACUUUAUCGGUUCAUUUUUCCUCUCAUUCCCAGUUGGCGCCAGUCUCUCGAGGACAGCAGUCAACGCGUCGAGUGGCGCUCGAACACAAGUGGCAUCAUUCAUCACAGCGCUGGUCAUUGUCAGCUCACUAUUCUUCCUGACACAUAUCAUCAAGUUCCUACCCAAGUCCAUCUUGGCGAGUAUUGUGAUCGUGGCAGUGAUCGAUCUGGUCGAGUACAAGAUCGCCAUCAGACUAUGGAAGGUACAUCGCAUGGAUCUCAUGCUAUAUCUCAUCUCAUUUGGAUCAACUAUCCUGUUGGGCAUCCUACAGGGUAUACUCAUUGGAAUGGUGUGCUCACUCCUACUCAUCAUCUACAGGAGUGCCUAUCCUCCAUUCGCUGAGCUUGGCAGGAUACCAGGUACAGAACUAUAUAAGAAUAUUAAGAGAGUCCCAGAGGCUGAGACCUUUAUGGGCAUCAAGGUUGUAAGAAUCGAUGGAUCAAUAUACUUUGCCAACACACAGUUCAUUAGAAAGAAGCUGAGGCGUUAUGAGCCAACAAAGAAAAGAACGAAUGAGUCACAAAUGUCUGACAGCGAGACCGAGAUGGCAGACAUCAGUGAUGAUUUGGUCACCGUGGACAUUGAUGGACAUCCAAUCAAGGGCGCCAUCAUCAUUGACUGCAGUAGUAUGAAUGAUAUCGACUCCACUGGACUAAAGAUGCUCAAGGAACUGGUGGCAGAGUUCACCAAACGCAGUUUAGUCAUCUACUUUGCUUCGAUCAAGGGUUAUGUCAGAGACCUGCUCAAGAAGGGCGGUGUCGUCGAGACGUAUGGAGCCGACCAUUUCUUCUGGACUGUUAACGACGCUGUCGAGCAUCAUCUGUAUCUAAUCCGUCAGCGCCGAAUGCAGCUGAACAUACAGUCACCACCAGGUGGACUUCAAAGUCCACCAUCUCCAAACAGCGAAUCAAUGUUUGAUACAGACAAGAAUGCAAUACCAUUGAAGACAUUCACAUUGAAUAAAGAAUAG